AUGGCUAUUGAUGGCGAUAAACUUGUGUCAGACUCAGCAUCGGCGAAUGUUUUCGUAGAGAACGUAAAAGUUGAUAAAGUAGAUGAUAUAGUCUCUGCAGGGCACUGGGAAGAGGGCAUCAAAGAGAGGGCACCGGGAGAGGGCAUCAAAGAGAGGGCACCGGGAGAGGGCAUCAAAGAGAGGGCACCGGGAGAGGGCAUCAAAGAGAGGGCACCGGGAGAGGGCAUCAAAGAGAUGGCACCGGGAGAGGGCAUCAAAGAGAGGGCACCGGGAGAGGGCAUCAAAGAGAGGGCACCGGGAGAGGGCAUCAAAGAGAGGGCACCGGGAGAGGGCAUCAAAGAGAGGGCACCGGGAGAGGGCAUCAAAGAGAGGGCACCGGGAGAGGGCAUCAAAGAGAGGGCACCGGGAGAGGGCAUCAAAGAGAGGGCACCGGGAGAGGGCAUCAAAGAGAGGGCACCGGGAGAGGGCAUCAAAGAGAGGGCACCGGGAGAGGGCAUCAAAGAGAUGGCACCGGGAGAGGGCAUCAAAGAGAGGGCACCGGGAGAGGGCAUCAAAGAGAGGGCACCGGGAGAGGGCAUCAAAGAGAGGGCACCGGGAGAGGGCAUCAAAGAGAGGGCACCGGGAGAGGGCACCGGGCUUGAGUUACGUGGUAGGGGCAUCUGGCUAACAGCGAUGUUGAUCGAGAGUUUGGCGUCCCUGUCGGAAGCCACACUGCUCGUCAACUAG